AUGACCGUCAACGUUUUCGCUGUCCCAGUCUUCUUCAUCGUCUUCCGAGAAUGUCUCGAAACCGUCAUCGUCAUUUCCGUCUGGCUCGGCGUCGUCCUCGGCCUCGUCAUCUGCCUCUGCAUCGGCGCCGGCAUGAUUGGCGCCUUCUACGGCUACGGCAAGGACCACUUCGCCUCGACCGAAGACAUCUGGGAAGGCGUCUUCGGCAUCGUCGCCGCCCUCAUCAUCUCCAUCAUGGGCGCCGCCCUACUCCGCGUCAACAAGCUGCAGGACAAGUGGCGCGUGAAGUUGACUCGCGCUCUCGAGCCGACGACGAUGUCAUCCGGCGGUGGCAACGGCGGCGGUGCGCGCACGCGGCUGAAGGCCUGGGCGGAGAAGUACGCCAUGUUUCUGCUGCCGUUCGUCACGGUGCUGCGGGAGGGGCUGGAGGCGGUGGUGUAUGUUGGUGGCGUGAGUCUCGGGUUGCCCGCGACGGCGUUUCCGCUGGCCGUCAUUUGCGGUUUGGCUGCUGGGUGCGCGGUUGGGUAUAUCUUGUACCGCGGCGGCAACUCGACUAAGCUCCAGGUCUUCCUCAUCAUUUCAACCUGCUUCCUGUACCUCGUCGCCGCGGGCCUUUUCUCCAGGGCCGUGUGGUACUUUGAAACCAACACCUGGAACCACGUCAUCGGCGGUGAUGCCUCUGAGACAGGUUCUGGCCCGGGUUCGUACGAUAUCCGGCAGAGCGUGUGGCAUGUCAAUUGCUGCAAUCCCGAAUUGAAUGGUGGCGGGGGCUGGGGCAUUUUCAACGCUAUCUUGGGAUGGCAGAAUUCGGCCACGUACGGUUCGGUGCUGUCGUAUAACCUUUAUUGGCUGGUGGUCAUCGUUGUGUUCGUGUACAUGCGCUAUAAGGAGAAGCAUGCCAAGGUUGCGCCGGUGGCUGAAGAUACGGAGAGGGCCGCGGAUAGGGAGUCGAGCUCUAGGAGCGAGGCUGAGGGGGUGGUGGCGGUGUCGCCUGAGAAGAGCAACUGGGAGGUAACGCCUACAACUCAGGCAAGGGAGCUGAAAGAGUAG